UUGGAAGCUGCUUCUCUCUUACUCUCUCUCUCUCCUCUUGACCAUAAAAGUUAAAACCCUAAUUCCUCCCUCACGUACUCUCUCUCUCUCUCUCUCUUCUCCUUCUCUCCACCACAGUAGCAGCAGCACCGUCCUCGCUCGAUCCCGGACGCCGGCGGCGUCGCCGACGACGACUCCUCCGCCAUACGCGCGCGGCUCGACUCGGCUCGGCUCGCCCCGGUCGCCUGCCUGAGCUCGCGCACCGGCUCAGCGAUGGAGGCUCCGUCGGGUCAGGGGCAGAGGCGCCUCGAGUUCCCCCUGGUUUCCGUCUCCGACCUCUCUCCUCCCUCCUCCGCUCCCGCUGCCUCUGCGGCGGCGGCGGCGACUGCCGUGGCUCGGUUCGGCGGUGGCGAUUCCGGCGCCGUCGAGCUCCGGUUUUACCGGGAGAAUGGAGCGGGCGAUGUCGUCGGCGGCGUUGAGCUCGCCAACGCUCAGAUUUUUAAGCUAGGCCCGGUCCAGUCAAUUUGCAUGUCUGAAGGCUCUGAAACCGAUAAAGAGAAGUCAUAUUCAAAAGGGUUUAAUAUUCAUUUUAAAAUGGAAGAGGAGAGCGAGGCCUUCCAUUGUACGUUUGAGCAAUUGAAGAAGGAAGGCAGUAUUAAAGGGACACACUUACCAAAUGGAGCUCUUUCAACUUCUAAAAGCAAAUUCGAUGAGAAAAUAGAGGCAUCUUCUGCCAAAAUGUAUUUUCAUUAUUAUGGACAGCUUCUGCAUCAGCAAAAUAUGCUACAGGAUUAUGUGAGGACAGGAACCUAUUAUGCUGCUGUCAUUGGGAACCGUGCAGAUUUCACCGAUCGAGUGGUUGUUGAUGUCGGUGCUGGUAGUGGUAUCCUCUCAUUAUUUGCUGCUCAGGCUGGGGCAAAACAUGUUUAUGCUGUGGAAGCAUCUGAAAUGGCUGAAUAUGCUCGCAAGCUUAUUGAUGGAAACCCAGCACUCAGCCAACGAAUUACGGUAAUUAAAGGCAAAGUUGAAGAAGUUGAAUUGCCGGAGAAAGCUGACAUUCUGAUUUCUGAGCCAAUGGGCACUUUGUUGGUAAACGAAAGGAUGCUGGAAUCUUAUGUAAUUGCUAGAGACCGAUUUCUAGUUCCAGAUGGAAAGAUGUUUCCUACUGUUGGAAGGAUACACAUGGCCCCUUUCAGUGAUGAGUAUUUAUUUGUUGAAAUUGCAAAUAAGGCUCUCUUUUGGCAACAACAGAGCUAUUAUGAUGUCGACUUGACACCCUUGUAUAACACUGCGUUUCAAGGCUACUUCUCUCAGCCUGUUGUAGAUGCCUUUGAUCCAAGGUUGUUGGUGGCACCCCCAAUAUUUCAUGUGAUAGAUUUUACGAAAGUGAAGGAAGAAGAUUUAUACGAGAUUGAUGUUCCGUUGAGAUUUACAGCAGCCGUUGGUACCAGAGUGCAUGGGUUGGCCUGCUGGUUUGAUGUGCUAUUCAAUGGGAGUACCGUGCCAAGGUGGUUGACAACUGCUCCUGGAUCUCCAACAACUCAUUGGUACCAACUGCGCUGUGUUCUUUCUCAACCCCUCUAUGUCAUGGCUGGACAAGAGAUCACCGGUCGACUUCACCUGGUUGCUCACAAAUCCCAGAGUUACACCAUAAAUUUGACGUUGUCAACUAUGAUGUGGGGCCCAGGGGCCGAACAAGGCCGAAUACUUCAAACAUCAUCCACCAAGCUUGAUUUAAAGGAGCCAUACUAUAGAAUGUCUCAGCCCCAAUCUUACACAGUAGCACAAGAUCAGCAACAUCAGCUGCUUCAAUCACAGGAACUAAACGUCCAAACACAGGACAUAGAAGAAGCCGAUAUAUUGGAGCAACCGGCACAAAAUUCGGGUGCUCAUUUCGGUUAACAGGAGCACUUGUUUUCUAGGCGAUGAAUUGCACAUCAUGCGGUUAAGUUGGGCACUGAUGGUAUCUUACAAGUUGCUAGCAGGGCAUUAAGCGUCCAUUCUCUGGAUUACCAAAUAGCCCUAUCGCUGCCUUUGCUUGUCCUUCCCCUCCCAGUUCGUUUGUAUUCCCUCAGCCAUCUCAUGUGUCGAUUCCUUGUAAAAUUUUGUGCAAUUCAUUUCACUGCCCGUGUGGUUGUGCUCUGUAAACAUAAAACAUGCGCAACUUCGAUCCUGAUUCACUUAGCCAGUUGAUAAUAAACCUGGUUCGGUUCGGCUCAAAAUGGUUCGAAUUGAUUGUAAGUUUCGAGCAUGUUUCACGGGUUUAAAUUGUGCUGGCUGAGAAUAUUCAAUUGAGCUGUUUCGCAGAUUGUUGCUUCA